ACAGAGAGAAAGCACCUUGAGAAUAAAGGUAAUGAUUAAUCCAUCAGGCACCAAAAAAAGGAUAAAAAGAUCCUUUUGGGAUUUCAAAGGUUUUAACUCACUAAUUUAAAUAAAUUGCAGCGAACAGGGAGUGACAAUUUCACCAGGAGAGGAUUAAGUCACGAGCUGUAAUUGGGACAGUGUGGAGCCGAAUAAUCUUAUCAGAGAUCGCAAGGUAUUUAUGAGCAGUUGUCAAAACUUCCUUUUACACGUGUGAGUGAAGUAGGGAGCAGAAGAAGCCGGUACUGGUGGAAAGAGGGGUCCUUGAAGAAGCCACACAAUGCAGCCUGAGAAGGAAUGGAGGAGGAAAAGCUUCAAGCAGAGACUGGUGUUGAAGAGCAGUUUGGCUAAAGAAACACUCUCUGAGUUCUUGGGCACAUGUAUAAUGAUCGUCCUCGGAUGUGGCUGUGUUGCUCAAGCCGUCCUCAGUCGAGGACAUUUUGGAGGAAUCGUCACUAUUAAUGUUGGAUUUGCAAUGGCGGUCGUCAUGGCCAUUUAUGUGACAGGGGGUGUCUCUGGUGGCCAUAUCAACCCUGCUGUGUCUUUUGCAAUGUGUCUCUUUGGACGGAUGAAAUGGUUCAAAUUUCCUUUUUAUGUGGGAGCCCAGUUCCUGGGAGCCUUCGUAGGGUCUGCAAUCCUCUUUGGUAUUUACUAUGAUGGAAUUAUGUCCUUUGCUGAUGGAAAACUCCUCAUCGUGGGAGAAAAUGCAACAGCAAUCAUUUUUGCAACAUACCCAGCUCCGUAUCUAUCUCUGGCAAGUGCAUUUGUAGACCAAGUAAUGUCUACCAUGUUCCUCCUCCUGGUUGUCUUUGCCAUCUUUGACUCCAGAAACUGGGGAGUCCCCAAAGGCCUACAGCCCAUUGCCGUCGGCCUCCUGAUUAUUGUCCUUUCUUCCUCUUUGGGACUGAACUGCGGCUGUGCCAUGAAUCCAGCUCGAGACCUGAGUCCCAGACUUUUCACUGCUUUGGCAGGAUGGGGGUUUGAUGUCUUCAGAGUUGGAAAUAACUUCUGGUGGAUUCCUGUUGUGGCCCCUAUGGUUGGUGCUGCCAUUGGAGGCCUCAUCUAUGUUCUUCUCAUUGAAAUCCACCACCCAAACCCGAAUCCAGACUUUGAGGCAGAACCAUCGGAGGACAAACUAGAGAAACACGAACUUAGUGUGGUAAUGUAGCGGCGUGCUCAGUUCUAGGUUUACAGUUGGCUGAGCUGAUGUUCUCUUCAGGAAAGAUGGCAUCCAGCUGCCUAUGUUUUCAUAAGACUGGGGUGGAUCUGCCCAAUGUUCUCUGCUAGCCACUUGGGACACCUGAUUGGAAAAGCACCUGAAUGAAGUUUUGAAAACACUGACCUCUUCUCUGCCAGUUCCCCCUGCCCUCAGAGUAGCAUGGAUUGUCUCCUGAAACAGCCUUCUCUCCGCCCUGUUUAUUUCAUUCUUUCAUGUGAAUUUUUAUUGCUGAGUGAGUACUAAUAACUUGAAACUUUGACCUUGGA